AUGGCGGCCAGCGGCGCCGUUCUCCGCGGCACGCCGCGGCAGAGCCUCCAUCACCAUCUGUCGCUCCUCUUCGCGUUCAUUCUCGUCUUCUCCUCGUCCCACCGUCUCUCCGCAAACGGCGGCGCAUUCGGUGGUGGCGCUGACGCGGCUGCGCUGCCAGAGCUCUCUUCCUACUCCAGCAUGGCGCUGCUCGAUCCGCGCUUCGAGCUCUAUUGGAGCACCAACACGAGCGACGCGACCAUCCACAUCGCGGCGCGGGCGCAGACGGCGGGAUGGCUCGCAAUAGGCCUUUCUGAAUCCGGCGGAAUGUUCGGCUCUGAUGUAAUGGUAGCGUGGGUGGCGGAGCGCGAGGGGCGCGUGUAUGCAACGGACCGCUUCGUCUUCAACAAGACGGGGGAAGGCGUCGCAUUGGACGACCAGCAGGACUGGCGCGUGCUGGGCGGCAGCCAGACCAUGGAUCAAUCCACGGGCGACACGUGGACCACCGUGCACGUGUGGCGCCAGCUUGACACCGGCGACUGCAACGACCGCCCCAUCACAGCUGGCGCGCUGUCAUUCGUCAUCUGGGCCAUGGGCACAACCGACGAGCUCGCCUAUCACAGCGCGACACGUGGCGCCACCUCGCUCGUCCUGCUGCCCGCGCCUGGCCCCUCCAUCCUCGACCCGGCCACCCCUCCCACCACCAUCGCCCAAUCCACUGCUGCCAGCUGGCCUGCCAUCACGUCAGCAGGCAAGCUCGCCGCAUAUGCCCAGGGGCAGGCGAACGGGCAGAAGAACGGGCAAGGCGUGGUGAUGGGCGAUGAUGGGCGGUUCAACCUGACGAUGGUGAACCACCGCCCCUCCGUGCUGCACCACGCACUGCUCUUCGGCUGCCCCCUGUACGUCUCUCUCCUUUCCUCCUCUACAUCCUGUCCCGCUCCUCAUGUCUUGCACCUGUGGUUCCCCCCCCCCACACCACUCCUCACCUUUUCAACCCCCUCCUCCCUCCCUGCUGCACUGCGCACUGCUCUUCGGCUGCCCCGCUCCCAAACCUCCCCCUCCCUCCCUCCCCCUACCUUCCCCUCUUUCUUCCCCCUGUACCCCCCCGUACGACUCUUUGGCAGGGAGGGACAUAAGGAUGUGCCGGCGGCAACACAGGGCGUCUGGGUGCUGCAGGGGCACACAGCCAGCACCCUGCAGCUGGGUGCUGCAGGGGCACACAGCCAGCACCCUGCAGCUGGGUGCUGCAGGGGCACACAGCCAGCACCCUGCAGCUGGGUGCUGCAGGGGCACACAGCCAGCACCCUGCAGCUGGGUGCUGCAGGGGCACACAGCCAGCACCCUGCAGCUGGGUGCUGCAGGGGCACACAGCCAGCACCCUGCAGCUGGGUGCUGCAGGGGCACACAGCCAGCACCCUGCAGCUGGGUGCUGCAGGGGCACACAGCCAGCACCCUGCAGCUGGGUGCUGCAGGGGCACACAGCCAGCACCCUGCAGCUGGGUGCUGCAGGGGCACACAGCCAGCACCCUGCAGCUGGGUGCUGCAGGGGCACACAGCCAGCACCCUGCAGCUGGGUGCUGCAGGGGCACACAGCCAGCACCCUGCAGCUGGGUGCUGCAGGGGCACACAGCCAGCACCCUGCAGCUGGGUGCUGCAGGGGCACACAGCCAGCACCCUGCAGCUGGGUGCUGCAGGGGCACACAGCCAGCACCCUGCAGCUGGUGCUGCAGGGGCACCAGCCAGCACCUGCAGCUGGGUGCUGCAGGGGCACACAGCCAGCACCCUGCAGCUGGGUGCUGCAGGGGCACACAGCCAGCACCCUGCAGCUGGGUGCUGCAGGGGCACACAGCCAGCACCCUGCAGCUGGGUGCUGCAGGGGCACACAGCCAGCACCCUGCAGCUGGGUGCUGCAGGGGCACACAGCCAGCACCCUGCAGCUGGGUGCUGGCUCCUGUUCCUCAGAUUCCCCCCUCACUUCCCUCUCCCGCACCCAUUACCCAUGGCAGGGAGGAAUAUAAGGACGUGCCAGCAACACAGGGCGUGUAUGAGGAGUGCACGCACGAGGCAACGCCCUGCCAGGGCCACACCGUGGGGGUGUGGGGGCUGGGGGGCUGUCCUUACGCCUUCCCGCUUCAACCAACCCCCCCAUCUCACCCCCCCAUGCCUGCUCCCCCCAUGCCUGCUCCCCCCAUGCCUGCUCCCCCCAUGCCUGCUCCCCCCAUGCGUGCUCCCCCCAUGCGUGCUCCCCCCAUGCCUGCUCCCCCUCCCACUCCUUCCCCUCCACCCCGCCCCAUCCCUUACCUUUCCCAUGGCAGGGAGGAAUAUAAGGACGUGCCGGCAACACAGGGCGUGUAUGAUUGCAUGCACGAGUCAACGCCCUGUCAGGGCCACACCGUGGCAAUGUGGGGGCUGGGUGCGCGUCCCUACUCCUUCCCCCGCGAUGUUGGCUUUCCCAUCGGCCCCGGAUACUACACCAAGUUCGUGCUGCAGAUCCACUACACCAAUCCCGACGCCCGCUCUGACAUUGUCGACAACAGCGGAAUCUUCCUGGAAACUUCUGCCCCAGGGAAGCACGACGCAGGAAUCAUGAUGGCUGGCCCGGUCUACUACGGGCUGCUGCUGCAGAUCCCACCUGGCCAGCCGUCGUGGACCCAGGAGAACAUCUGCCCGGGGCGGUGCACCAAGGCAGUGUUCAAGAACGAGUCGGUGAACAUAGUUGCUGCCGCCCUGCACCAACACGCGCUUGGCCGCCAGAUGUAUACCGAUGUGUAUCGGGAUGGCGAAAAGGUCACCACAGUCGCUCGCCUCGACUACUAUGACUUUGCAUCACAGCAGAUGAUCAACGUGCAGCCGCCCUUCCAGCUACAGCCGGGGGAUGAGCUGCGCACCAAGUGUGUGUGGGACUCCACCUCCCGCUCCAACGUGACAAUAGGGGGCGAGGCCAGCAAGGAGGAGAUGUGCAUCAGCUUCCUUCUCUACUACCCGAGGAUGCGCUCAUGUGUGGCCAUGUGUGCCGACAUAUCCGAGGGAAAACUCAACCUGGACCCUGCCAGCCCCAAGCUCAUGAGUUUUGCCGUCUGUGGCCCGGUAGCUCGCAGCAUCACCAACAACACCAAAAACCAUACCUUCGUGUAUCUGCCCCUAUGUGACCCCCACUCAACCCAUGCCCCUUCUCCUCUCCUCUCCCCCACCUGCCAUCCCCUCUCAUCCCCCAUCCGCUCCUCCUCCCCCACCUGCCAUCCCCCUCUCUAUCCCCCCUCCUCUCCUCCCCUCCCCCCACCUGCCAUCCCCCUCUCUAUCCCCCAUCCUCUCCUCCCCUCCCCCCACCUGCCAUCCCCCCUCUCUAUCCGCCAUCCUCUCCUCCCCUCCCCCCACCUGCCAUCCCCCCUCUCUAUCCCCCAUCCUCUCCUCCCCUCCCCCCCACCUGCCAUCCCCCUCUCUAUCCCCCAUCCUCUCCUCCCCUCCCCCCACCUGCCAUCCCCCUCUCUAUCCCCCAUCCUCUCCUCCCCUCCCCCCACCUGCCAUCCCCCUCUCUAUCCCCCAUCCUCUCCUCCCCUCCCCCCACCUGCCAUCCCCCUCUCUAUCCCCCAUCCUCUCCUCCCCUCCCCCCACCUGCCAUCCCCCUCUCUAUCCCCCAUCCUCUCCUCCCCUCCCCCCACCUGCCAUCCCCCUCUCUAUCCCCCAUCCUCUCCCUCCCCUCCCCCCACCUGCCAUCCCCCUCUCUAUCCCCCAUCCUCUCCUCCCCUCCCCCCACCUGCCAUCCCCCUCUCUAUCCCCCAUCCUCUCCUCCCCUCCCCCCACCUGCCAUCCCCCUCUCUAUCCCCCAUCCUCUCCUCCCCUCCCCCCACACUGCCAUCCCCCUCUCUAUCCCCCAUCCUCUCCUCCCCUCCCCCCACCUGCCAUCCCCCUCUCUAUCCCCCAUCCUCUCCUCCCCUCCCCCCACCUGCCAUCCCCCUCUCUAUCCCACCAUCCUCUCCUCCCCUCCCCCCACCUGCCAUCCCCCUCUCUAAUCCCCCCCAUCCUCUCCUCCCCUCCCCCCACCUGCCAUCCCCUCUCUAUCCCCCAUCCUCUCCUCCCCUCCCCCCACCUGCCAUCCCCUCUCUAUCCCCCAUCCUCUCCUCCCCUCCCCCCACCUGCCAUCCCCCUCUCUAUCCCCAUCCUCUCCUCCCUCCCCCCCCUGCCAUCCCCCUCUCUAUCCCCCAUCCUCUCCUCCCCUCCCCCACCUGCCAUCCCCCUCUCUAUCCCCCAUCCCUCUCCUCCCCUCCCCCCACCUGCCAUCCCCCUCUCUAUCCCCCAUCCUCUCCUCCCCUCCCCCCACCUGCCAUCCCCCUCUCUAUUCCCCCAUCCUCUCCUCCCCUCCCCCCACCUGCCAUCCCCCUCUCUAUCCCCCAUCCUCUCCUCCCCUCCCCCCACCUGCCAUCCCCCUCUCUAUCCCCCAUCCUCUCCUCCCCUCCCCCCACCUGCCAUCCCCCUCUCUAUCCCCCAUCCUCUCCUCCCCUCCCCCCACCUGCCAUCCCCCUCUCUAUCCCCCAUCCUCUCCUCCCCUCCCCCCCACCUGCCAUCCCCCUCUCUAUCCCCCAUCCUCUCCUCCCCUCCCCCCACCUCCAUCCCCCUCUCUAUCCCCCAUCCUCUCCUCCCCUCCCCCCACCUGCCAUCCCCCUCUCUAUCCCCCAUCCUCUCCUCCCCUCCCCCCCACCUGCCAUCCCCCUCUCUAUCCCCCAUCCUCUCCUCCCCUCCCCCCACCUGCCAUCCCCCUCUCUAUCCCCCCUCCUCUCCUCCCCUCCCCCCACCUGCCAUCCCCCUCUCUAUCCCCCAUCCUCUCCUCCCUCCCCCCACCUGCCAUCCCCCUCUCUAUCCCCCAUCCUCUCCUCCCCUCCCCCCACCUGCCAUCCCCCUCUCUAUCCCCCAUCCUCUCCUCCCCUCCCCCCACCUGCCAUCCCCUCUCUAUCCCCCAUCCUCUCCUCCCCUCCCCCCACCUGCCAUCCCCCUCUCUAUCCCCCAUCCUCUCCUCCCCUCCCCCCACCUGCCAUCCCCCUCUCUAUCCCCCAUCCUCUCCUCCCCUCCCCCACCUGCCAUCCCCCUCUCUAUCCCCCAUCCUCUCCUCCCCCCUGCCAUCCCCUCCUUCCCCAUCCUCCUCCCUCCCCCACCUGCCAUCCCCCUCUCUAUCCCCCAUCCUCUCCUCCCCUCCCCCCACCUGCCAUCCCCCUCUCUAUCCCCCAUCCUCUCCUCCCCUCCCCCCACCUGCCAUCCCCUCUCUAUCCCCCAUCCUCUCCUCCCCUCCCCCCACCUGCCAUCCCCCUCGCUAUCCCCCAUCCUCUCCUCCCCCACCUGCCAUCCCCCUCUCUAUCCCCCAUCCUCUCCUCCCUCCCCCCACCUGCUCCUAUCCCCCAUCCUCUCCUCCCCUCCCCCCACCUGCCAUCCCCCUCUCUAUCCCCCAUCCUCUCCUCCCCUCCCCCCACCUGCCAUCCCCCUCUCUAUCCCCCAUCCUCUCCUCCCCUCCCCCCACCUGCCAUCCCCCUCUCUAUCCCCCAUCCUCUCCUCCCCUCCCCCACCUGCCAUCCCCCUCUCUAUCCCCCAUCCUCUCCUCCCCUCCCCCCACCUGCCAUCCCCCUCUCUAUCCCCCAUCCUCUCCUCCCCUCCCCCCACCUGCCAUCCCCCUCUCUAUCCCCCAUCCUCUCCUCCCCUCCCCCCACCUGCCAUCCCCCUCUCUAUCCCCCAUCCUCUCCUCCCCUCCCCCCACCUGCCAUCCCCCUCUCUAUCCCCCAUCCUCUCCUCCCCUCCCCCCACCUGCCAUCCCCUCUCUAUCCCCCAUCCUCUCCUCCCCUCCCCCCACCUGCCAUCCCCCUCUCUAUCCCCCAUCCUCUCCUCCCCUCCCCCCACCUGCCAUCCCCUCUCUAUCCCCCAUCCUCUCCUCCCCUCCCCCCACCUGCCAUCCCCUCUCUAUCCCCAUCCUCUCCUCCCUCCCCCACCUGCCAUCCCCCUCUCUAUCCCCCAUCCUCUCCUCCCCUCCCCCCACCUGCCAUCCCCUCUCUAUCCCCCAUCCUCUCCUCCCCUCACCCCACCUGCCAUCCCCCUCUCUAA